AUGGCUGAAGAUGGAGGAAACAUGAUGAUGGAGCAUAAGAACAACAGCAGCAGCUCUGCGUCCGACUCAAACCCUUGCCCCAUUUGCCUUGGAUCCAUUAUUCAAGAGUCCUAUUUAGAUCGAUGUUUCCAUAAGUUUUGCUACAAAUGCAUUGUACAUUGGUUCAAAGUAGCUGCUAGCAAACAUUCUUGCCCACCUUCCUCAGUAAAGUGUCCUCUAUGCAAGGACCUAAUAAUGCACAAGUGA